UGUUUUUGACUUUUCGUUCCAUAUUUUGCAUAAGUUCUGAAACGUGCGAUACCGAUAUAUAUCGAAACUGGGCAUAUUCACUGGGGAAGUUUUUAGUUCAACACAAAGUGAUAUCUUUUUGUUUCUUAAAUUUUAAUAUUUAAUAAGAAAUAAAAAAAAUUUGUAUGUAUGUAUGUUAGCUCAACAAUAACGGUUAAAAAUGUUUUAAAAUUGUUAAAAAAGAAAACUAAAUAGUCUCUAGCGGUUAUACGAGCGAAAAUUAUUCGGAACAAAACAUUAACAAAAAAAACCUACAUAAGUUUAGAAAAAAAAAAAAAAAAAAAUCAUCUGUGCUGUGGAAGAGUAGAAUAACAGUUUAUUCCUCAAUAAUUUUAACAAACAUUAAUUAAAUUAUGUUUUGCUUUUGGGUGCAAAGUUGCAAUCAAAAAAAUUACUUAUAAAUGAUAAAAAGACCUCCAAAAAUGCAACUAAACGAAAAGCAAAGGCGGGGCGAUAAUGCCGGCACCACCAACAACAACAACAACCAUAUUGAAUCACACCAAAACAACAAUAAUAUUAAUGAUGUAAAGUCGCCUGGAAAUGCAUUACAACGUUCUGCAACACUUCCCGCUAAUCCAAGACGAUUAGGUGUCCGUAACCGUGUCACUUUUCGUGUGGGUUCGCCGGGACAAGCUGGACCAAUUGAAAGAAAUAUCAAUAACAACCAACAUCAUAAUUACAAUAACAACGAUAAUUGUAAUAUCCAACAACAAAAUCACCAAAACAAUAAUUUUCUAAACACAAAAAUGACUUCAGAAGAUCUAUUGCAACCAGGUCAUGUGGUUAAAGAGCGAUGGAAGGUUGUUCGAAAGAUUGGAGGCGGUGGCUUUGGUGAGAUUUAUGAAGGCCAAGAUUUAAUUACCCGUGAACAAGUGGCCUUAAAAGUUGAAUCAGCGCGACAACCAAAACAAGUUCUCAAAAUGGAAGUUGCUGUGUUGAAAAAACUCCAAGGCAAAGAACAUGUUUGCAGAUUUAUCGGUUGUGGUCGAAAUGACCGAUUCAAUUAUGUUGUAAUGCAACUUCAGGGUAAGAAUUUGGCCGAAUUGCGGCGUGCUCAACCUAGAGGAGCAUUUUCUUUGAGUACUACGCUCCGUCUAGGAUUACAAAUUCUCAAAGCUAUUGAGUCCAUACAUUCGGUUGGGUUUUUACAUCGUGACAUCAAACCGAGCAACUUUUCGAUUGGUCGAUUGCCAUACAAUUGCCGACGCGUUUAUAUGUUGGAUUUUGGUCUGGCACGUCAAUACACUACGGGCACCGGAGAAGUACGAUGUCCCCGAGCAGCUGCUGGCUUUCGUGGAACUGUACGCUAUGCCUCAAUAAAUGCUCAUCGAAAUCGUGAAAUGGGUCGUCAUGAUGAUCUCUGGUCACUUUUUUAUAUGCUAGUCGAAUUUGUCAAUGGCCAAUUGCCAUGGCGAAAAAUCAAAGAUAAGGAACAAGUUGGUCUAACCAAAGAAAAAUACGAUCAUCGUGCUUUACUCAAACAUCUUCCAUCCGAUUUAAAGCAAUUUCUCGAACACAUACAAUCGUUGACUUAUGCUGAUCGACCGGAUUAUAAUAUGUUGAUCUCACUAUUUGAGCGCUGUAUGAAAAGACGUGGCGUUAAAGAUUCCGAUCCAUAUGACUGGGAAAAAACUGAUGUAGUGGGGACUGGUGGUGCAACAUCUACUUCUCAAGUCAAUAACGUUCUAGUUCAGACCAAAAAUGAAUAUGUGCAUGGAAAUGUAACACAAAUGACGGUAGCUGCUUCAAAUGCUAGCGGAACUGAAUAUAUACGAAGAAGAAAUGAAGUUGACACUGCGCAUUUAGCAUCAACUGAGCCCGCCAAUCAUCUUAAAGAUAAGGUUGAUAAAAAUUGUAAUGCCACAACAUCACCGCAUAAUGAAAUUAUUCAAAAUGCUGGCGGCUUAAAUCAGAAUAAUAGUUGCCAGCAACAAAAUAUUCAGCAACAACAGCUCCAACAACAUCAAGUAAACUCGAAAACUCCUAAUGUUGUUGGUGUGAAUACAGCGGCUUCUGCAGCAGUAGGAAUAAUUUCAAAUGAUCCAAUGGCUCAGCAUAUAGCUACGGCAUCAUCGACAGGUCUUCUAAAAUCAACUAAUCUUACAGCCGGAAUACCAAAUGUUUCCUCAAAUCCAGUGUUGCUGCAACAAAAACAACACCAACAGCAGCAGCAGCAACUUUUAACAAAUACUCACAUUCAUCAACAACAACAACAAACACAAAAUAAUUCUGCUUCUUUGCCGCCAAUGUUCCAUCAGGGCGUUCCAAUUGAAUCAUUAAUCGAUUCGCCUGCUAAUAAAUCAUCAAAAUUCCAAGGUCUAACUUCCAUGGUUGGCAUACCACCCACAGAUCUUCAGCACAAUUUCACGCCACCAACUGGAAAUGGUAGUGGUGGUGGUGGCUCAUUAACUGGUGAUAUUCUUCCAAAGAAAAUAUAUUCUGGAACUACAGUAAAUGACGGAGGUGGAACUGCAACAACAGCAAAUCCCAACGGAAUCAGUAGUCCUGCCAAAGCACGCCGAUCCACAUCGCAAAUUGAUCAAACUGAAACUGAAACUCAUGCGAACGAUAAUGUGACCACAGCUGGUGGUCAUAAGUCCCAGGAUAAGUCAACUUAUGGGCGAUUGCGCGUUCUCACAGCCCCACCUAGUUGUGUGCAUGAAUUGAUAGCUUCUGAGACAGGUUCUCCAAGAGAAAACGAAGCUUUUCCAUUCUCUCUUGAUGCCAAUAAAAGUUCUGCCGAUUAUGUGCGUAAUAAUCGAAAUCAUCAAAGUGCUGGUGAAUCCGCGGCUGUGAGUGGUCGCCUAGUUGGUGGAGGUGGUUCAAGUGGUGGUGGAGGUGGAGGUGGUUCGGCGAAUGCUAGCAGUGCUGGCGGUUGUGGUUCAGGUCGCCGUUCUAAUCUCAGACCAUCUCCUGGUACAGGAACUGGUUCAACUCAAAGACUAAGUGGUGGCACAACUCGAGAUCACUCGGUCACACAAUUUGCUUUGAUCGACGAUGAAAAUGUCUCCGCAUUGCAACAAAUGACUAAAGGUGGUGGUGCUUUGACUCUAGCUUCUCAGUGGAAGAGUCAAUUUGAUGAUUCUGAAGAAACCACUGACAAUGAAUGGAAACAAGAGCCACAGAGCCCUGAUCACCGAGGUAAAAGUCAUUUAGUCUCACAAUCACAACCAAACUUAGUCAGUAAGCAACCGACCUCGCGUAAACGUGACGCUAAACGGAAAAAGUGCAAUCUUAAUAUAGCCGGUAUUGAAAACUAUACAAAUUUACAAGAAUCACUACCUCAUUGUUGGUCAGAGCCAGCGUUGGGUAAUAUCUUACGCAGGGAUCUUGAACCGCCAGUGAUACAACAGGCCGCAUUCGAUUAUACAAUUUAUCGCAUGGAUAUCACUCGAAAUGUAUGCGUUCGUGAAAUUUGUUCAGAUAAGGCAAAUACAACAGAUGCUAAUGCAGUUAUUUCUGCUGCAACAAAAGAAAACAAUACCAAUAAUAACAAUAAUGGCAAUGGCGGUCGUUUAUUAACAUCGAAGCAUCGUAACAGUUUACCAAAUGUUGCAUUUCCUGAAUUUCAAGAACUUCAAAUCGAUGGCACAUUGAAUCUUCCAGUCAAAGGCAAUGAGCAAGCCCCAUUAAUAGAAGGGGCUACUGGUACAGGUGCAGCAGCAACAGUUUUAGGUGGCGAUAGUAUAAAACUUUUAUCGUCAGCAAAUUUAUUUCAAUCAAAUUGUGAGCUUAAAUUUAUUCCAUGGAGAGUUGAGACAACAACAACACAAACUACAAUAGCAACGCCUAAUGCUCAACAACAACAACCUCUUCCCCCUCCUCUGCCUCAUCCUCCUUCUGUCUGUCUUUCAUCACAGCAGCAGCAACAGCAACAAGUUCAAUGUGCCGCCGCCACAUCAAUAUCAACUGGCGGUGUUAAUAGUGCCGGCGAAGAAACAACUAACGACGACGGAUGUGCUGUAAGUGGUCGCUUAGAAAUCCGAGUGAUUCCUCAAGAGAGUCCAAAUCCUGAUGAAUCUGUGUAUUAUGAUGCAUUAGCAGCAACAACUGGUGUGACAGUAAAUAAUUCAAUUUUCACCCAACAACAACAUCCAAUAUCCACUGCAAAUUUGAGUAAAACACCUUUAGCACAACAACCACAAGCCAUACUAAAAAGUAACAAUAGUCAGCGAUCAAUAGCAAAUAGUAGCAAAAAUAUUAAUUCUUCGAGCUUAGCUCAUGUGAUAGGCAGCGGCAGUUGUAGUGAUUCUGCAGCACCACCCGCAACAGAUGCACUUAAAUUAAAAAAAUAUAAUAUUAUACAAGCACCUUGUUGUAGUGAUAAAAAUGAUACAACUACAGAUAGUACAGUUGAUGAUGGAGAAGGGCAUGAAGGUGGUGGUGGUGGUGGUGAAGCUGAUGAUCUCAUAAAAACAGCAUUGCAAUUGAAAGGAAAAAAAUCAAGAAUAUCAUCGUCAUCGUUUAUUGAUGAUUCUACACAAAUUGGUACUCCUGCUACUAUUAAUUCAGCACACACAACAACGACAACCAUCACAGAAACAACAACAACAGCAUCAACAGGUACAAAGGGUGAUGCCUCAUCAUCAGUAGCAGCGCCAGUACCAUUACCAGCAAACUGUUGUAUUGGACUUGGUGCUAGUAAAAUUCCAAUUUUAAAUCCCAAUUUACGCUUAUCUAAGUGUGCUUCAUGGGCCGGCUGUGAUGCUACCGCUGCAGCCAAUUUAUUUGCAAGUAAUAAUGUUGUUGUUGCACCAAGCGGAAGCAAUAACAGUGGUCUUGUUGGUAGUGGUGAGGGUAAUAAUAUAAGUGGUGGUAGUUUUCUAAUUGGCUAUCAAAAUCCUGAUUUUGCGGAUAUUAAUCCAGGACUAAGAAGACGUCGCCAAACUGAAAAAUAUGUCACAGAUCCAUCUCAGUUAAAUUUAAGAUUUGCACGUCCUAGAUCUCGAAAUGCUAGCAGAACUCAAAGUAUUCCAACACAUCUCUUGGGUCAAUUUGAUGAUCAUUCAUCCGAUAAUAGUGAAGAGAAAUCGUUUAGUCAGCAACAGCAGCGAGGUUUACAACAUCCAACAGCUUUUGCAGCAGCACCCGUUGAACAAAAGCAACAACAACGACAUAACAAGUCUGAGCUUUUGAUUGAGCCAUCAGCAAAUAAUAAGAUUUGUCCUCCAUCCACAACACAGCUAUUAAUGAGUCGUAACGGCAAUAGUUGUGAUAUUGAUGCAACAACAACAACAACACCAACAUCUAUCCAUCAACAUCAUCAUCACUCAUUUGUUGGUACUAAUAGUAAAUUUGAAAAUAAUCAAGAACCACUUGAUGUUUAUACUACAUUGGCAAGAGAUUUAAGCCUUGCUGCUGCCGAGGCAAUACGUAAUGAUAUUACACCACCUCCAGGUGCACCAAAACUUGAAAAUACAGCUCGUUUAAGACGUUAUAGACACAAUUUAGAUUAAAACUAAUAAAAAAUAAAACUAGAAGAUUUGAAUAUUUACAACAAAAAACAUAAAAUGGCAAGUAUUUUUAUUGGUAAAUUUUUAGAAAAAAAAAAAAACAAAUAAGAAAAAAAAAAAAGAGACAACACACUUACGGUCAUUGUUGGAUCAAGCGAAUUAUUUAUAGAUAAAUUGAGAAUAAAUGACAAGUUUAUCCAAGUAGCACUAAGGCCAAUAAAACUCUAUUCAAUAAUACGAAUGCAAAAAAAUUCAUGUUUCGCAUUGCCCCUAAAAUAUACAUAUGUAUUAUGUUGAGUUUAAAUAUGUAUGAUUUGAUUGUUUGGUCAAGAUGAUGGCAGGCCUAAAAACUAUGAAUUUAUUUUCUUUUAUUAUGUAAGGAAAUGGUAUUCAUAAGUCGUUGUUAAUAUCGCUGACCCAACAAUCCAAUUCCCCAACACCCUCAAAAGAUCGCUCCUCAUCUUUUUUUUCUCAUAAACAUACUUUUUAUUGCUAUAAAUCUAUUAAUAUAAAUUUUCCUAAUCUAAUAAAAGUAAAUAUAAAAAAACAAAAAUUAAAAAAUUAAACUAAGACAAAAUAGUUACUUCCCAAAAAUUCUCGUUAUAUAUAUACAAAUUAAAAUACGACAAAAACAAAAAUUCAUUAUCUGAUUAUAAAACAAAAAGAAAAUGAAAUGCAACAAAUACAAGUUUUGCUAGGGUAGCUCAUAUAUAUACAUAAAUUAUUUAUGUCAAAAAAAAACAUUUAAAAAAAAAGAAAAAUAAAUUUAAAAAAUUGAGGCUUUUGCUGUGGUCCUUAGACAUUUUAAGAUUUUUGCCGGAUUAUUUAGUUGCAUAAGUAAACAAUAUACAUACUAUAAUCCGAAAAUAAUAAUCUUAACCUGUCUAAAUUAAACAAUAAAAACUGAGUUUCACAUAAAAAAAAAAUUAAUAAUAAUUAAAAAUUAACUUAAAAAACAAACAAAUUAAAUCUGUAUCUAAUGCUCUCUUUCUCUCUCUUUUUCUGAUAAGUUUCUAAAAUUAAGCAAUAUUGCACUGAGAAAAAGAUAAAAAAAGAGAUGAUAUAUUUAAGGCCUGUUUUAAUAUAUAUAGAAUUAUUAGUCGAAAUGAUGAAAAGAAAAUAAGAAUAAUCAAUGAAUUGUAUAAAAAUCCAGCCCCAAAAAAAGGCAAUUAAAUUUGAAAAAAAUUAAAAAAUAAAUUUUAAAAAAGAAAACAAAAUAUUUUAAUAUUUGUAGCAUCAAAAUGUUCAUUCAAAAAUUUGAAACGAAUAGAGAGGCAAUAAAUUAACAUGAGGUAUAUAAUAUAUACCUCAUGUUAAUUUAUUAUGUUAACAUAUUAUGUAUGUACAUAAAUGCUAUUUUGUCUCAAGGCUGCAAUCAAACUGACUUUUUAGUCGAGCAUAAUUACAGCUCUCAAGAAAUGAUAACUGAAAAAAAAAACCUGAAAUAUGCAAACUGAAUCUCAGUCAAACACUGUCAUCAGCCACCCAUGCUCAGUUUGAUCUGGCAAAUGCAAUUAUUAUUUGCCUCUUUGACUUUAUGAAAAAAAUAUAAUAUACAUAUGUAAUUGUUUGUUUGUAUAGCCUAAUAAACAAAUACACACAGCAAUAUGAGCAAGAAAAUUGAUUAUAAGAAUGUAUGUCGAUUUGACUGACAAUAGAAGUCUUAUUCUUCAAACAUUUGCCAACAUGUAAAUAUGUGCAGAAGGUCGUUUCUUAAGAUAUAAAGUCCUAUUAUGGUAUCCGUUAUUUCUUCAUGGUGUCGGUUACAUAAAGCUUACAAAAAACAAGAUCACACGCAGUUAAACGCGUUAGUCUGAUUUUGUGGCAUCUCAACGCACAUUUGAUUCUUCGUUUUUGAGAAAUCUCAACUUGAAAAUUAAAAAUUUUUUGAACAAAUCGGAAAGUCUUUGCGACUUUGUUCACUAUAGCCGUGUUUUAGUUGUAACUCAGUACUUAGCUAGCUCAGUAAAAUUUUGCACGGCAAACAACAACCAAUGGUUGCUUUACAUAGAAAAUGUUUGUCUAAACAAUCGUUUGUUGUUCACAAUAUAAAAUGUUUACUCAGCUAAGUACUGAGUUACCACAAAAACACGGCUUAUCUAAUCGGAUUUGUAAUUGUUUUGAGUUUCUUGAUUACAAAGUUGUUUAACUUGGACUUAACAGGCUAAUAAGUUAAUAAUAAAGGUACAAUCUACCUUAGUAAAAAAAAAUUGUUUUAUGUAUUCUCUUUUUAUUUAAUUCGCAGUUGUAUGGCAAUUGUCCUUUGUUUUUUACUAUGCUUUAGGCAGGAAUUGCAUUAGUAAGUUUUAAUUACUAAGUGAAUUUACCUGCGUUACAUUGGAUUUCAGAAUAAAAGAGAUAAGUUACCCACGAAGGUGAUAUCUGAGAUUUAUGAAACAAAUUGAUAUUGAUGAUAUUUUUAUUUUAUCUUUGCAGUAUUUCUGCAAUAUGCUUAAAGACUGUUGAAGAUGGAAGACUUAAAACUAGAAUUAAUUUAAAUUUUGCCCUUAUUUAUAAAACAAAACAAAAUAUUUCCCCAUUUAUACUUUGAUCGAUGUUAGCUAUUUGAAUAGUUGUUCACGCAAUGCUCGAGUGUGUUUUCAGCUUGUUCGCUCUCUUUUUUUUUAAUAUGUAAUAUGUAUAUGUGUUGUAUAUAAUGUAUCCCAAGUGCAACCUUCAAUCAAUAUUUGAAAGAAAAUAUUAGUAAGAUUGUAAUGUAUUUUCAUAUGAUUUCAGUGUCCACAUAGAAAACAUCAUUUGAUGAUGCAUUUAAGCUAUUAUUUUCUUAAGUUCUUAAGUUUUGUGUAUAAUUCGUACGCAGAACACCGAUCGUGACUUACUUACUUAAUCAAGGUGGCGCUCGGAGUCCCGGGUCGAUCUCGGCCUGAACGGACAAGCCUUUCCAGCUAGCUCGGUCCUUAUUCUCCAGUUGCGCACAUCAAGUUGGUUGAGGUUUUUCUCUAAUUGAGCGCGCCACCUAAGAUGAGGUCAUCCUCUUCCACGUUGUCCAUCAGGGUUAUAUGUAUAUGAAAACUCACCGGGCUGGUGCGUCGGUGUUCAUACGCUCCACAUGACCCAGUCAUUUUAACCCCUGAAUUUACAGCUUUCUGACCAGGUCGAUGUAAAGGCAAUACAGCUUGUUGUUGUACCUUUUCCUCGAUUCACCGCCGAUGCAUACUGGAUCAAAUAUUACUCGAACACUCUUUCUCUCAAAGCAAAACAGAAGGUUUUCAUCCGCUCUUGUUGAUAUUAAUGCCUUCACUCCAUACAGCAGGACUUGGAUGUAUAAGGUCUUGUAAAGGACCUCUUGGUUCCUUAAAUUGUUGUGCCUCCCUUCUCGAAUACAGCAUAUACUUUGUUUAAUCACAUGUUUUAGAUCGUGACACCGACACAAAAAAAUCAACAAAUUUUGAUAUAUAUUGUGUGUUGUGUAUGGGCUUCAUUUUCGUUAAAAACUCUUCGAGUACUCUUAUACACAUACCUUUGUGCAAUGUUUCUAAAGAUGAACUAUUGUUUUACCCAUUUGAAGUGAUGUUACUUCUACGCACCUCCUCUGUUAUAGGGACAACAUUACAUUUGUUUUUAUCAUGAAUUCCAUCCGUAUCAUAGAUUUGGUACGACAAAGACAAGUGAUAGGUUUUUUUCUGUGUGUUCUAACAAAACUACGAUACUAAUAGAAUUUAUGAUAACGCCGAAUGUUUAGUUCGCAAAAAAGACUUAACCUUUCGAAGACUGUGGCCCAUUCACUGCCACUAAUGCCUUCCCCUAUGUGCUCCUUAUAAAUUGGAGACAUGAAUAGAUCUUAAAUUGUAACGAACGUUAAAAUACAUUUAAGAAAAUCUUUGCGAAAAAGAGUGGAUAAUAUUUUCCACUUUAAACAUAUAUAAACAGCAUUAAAUUAAAAUAGAAAACUAAUGCCAUACAAUUUGGAGAAAGAUUUUUUUAAAGAAUAUUAUGUUAUUGUUUUUUAUUAUUAUUAUUUUAUAGAUGAACGAACCUAUAAGCUUAGAUGAAUAAAUUAGUAAAUAAUAAAUUUAUUUUAUAAACAAAUUAAACUCAAAUAUUAAUGUGCAAAGAUCAGAAAGAAAAAAAAAAACCGAAUAAAAUAUAUACAUAAAUUGUACCUAAAAUAAGUUGCUAAUAAUAACUUAUUAAAACAUUUAAAUUAUCAAUUUAGUUAGAAUGUCUAUUUAUAUUUAUUUAUACAAAAAAAAAAAAAAAUUAAAGAAGCAAUUUAAUUAGAUUUGGAUUUUCUUGUGAUAAUGUUUAGUGGAUAUAAAAAUGGAUAACUGUAUGAAAAAAAGGAAAUACAAGAAAUUUGGAGUGAAAUUAUAAGAAAAAAAUAAACAAAUUUGAAAUAAAAAUUAACACACAA